GCGAGAAGAACGUUUUAUCGUCCAGUGGGUCUUUGCUGCUGAGCGCCCCAAUAGUACUGCGGCGCUUCAGUGACAUUGGCGUCAGAAGGUGACGAACGGAAAGGUCAAGCACUUUUAUGGCGUCUUUGUUCAGGCUUCUGCACUCUUGAUCCGGCUGAGACAAUUGAAGUGGUGCAACUUGCAGACUGGGUUGGCCUUCAGAAAGAAACAGAGUUGGUCAAGCAAGUCAUAGCUCGAAUCCUUCCCGUUGUCAGUUGGUCAGAAACCUAGCAGAAGCAAAGCACUGGACUGCAUGACCAGCAUUUUCCGGCCCGCUUGUAAACACAGCUUGACUGUGCCAGAUGUGAACACACCUGGCCUGAGCAGGCCACACUCAUGCAAGCAUCGCUCACAACAUCUCAGACCUGCAGACAGGCUCUCACAGCUUGGCUUCAAAGACUUGUGAUCCUGUGCGCAGCAAUAUUCAGGGCCCUAGUUCCCACCCUGUUCCCUCCAAUGGACGUUCCCCCCGCCCUGAAACGUAUGGCUGGGGGAUCUCGCUCCUUCUCUGAUUUUCCCCAACACCUCCAGCUGGCGAUCCUUGCACCGCCCUUCAAAGUGAGCGACCGCCUGCGUCAGCGGCGGGUCUCCCGGGAGAUGCGUGACAUCAUCGACAGCGCCUGCUUCUACGUCAUCUGGGGCCAAACCGACUUUUCCCCAUCGGAGAGGGAGGCCCCAAUCAGCAGAGCCACAUUUCGAGCAGUGAUCAGGUAUCUCUGUGACUGUGCAAAUCAAGUCAAUGGGCAGAGGGGGAGUGCCGCAGAAGCUGACCCUGGCUACCGUCGCUUUCAGCUGGGCCUUUCAGCAAAAAGAAGAGCUGGGGAGGAGGAUUUGUCCCCGGCUAGAAGGCUGGUGGGCCGCUUUGCUGAAAUUUCCAAUGCCCAAUGCAGCGCAGACAAGCUCCCAAUCAGCUUCCAAGACAAGCCUGAGAUGGUUCUGAACGUGUCCGGUCUGCAGAACACGCUCUGGUUCGACGACCUCUUUGAUGCAACGGGCAAGCUGUCGGAGUUCUGGGCGCUUAAUCUAGUGGCCAAUGGGUGGGAGGGCAAAACCGGGAUGUAUUCCCUGAGCCACUUCCUGUACCGCCGGGUGCAAUCCGUGCGGGCCGAGUGCCUGGUAGUCGAAAAGGAGAGCGACUGGGAACCGGUUCUAGAACGGGUACGGGGCAUCGGAGAGGCGAUGUCGCGGCUCAGUGUCCUGUCGUUGCGGACGGGGGAAGGGCGGGUGGUAGCCUGGCGGCGGGCGGAGCAACUAGGGGAGGCGCUCCGGCGGAGCCAGACCAUAACGUCGGUGACGAUUGAGAAUCUGGACGUCCAAAACUCAGCGGUUUUGGACCCCAUCCUGAGGGGCUUGGCUGGCAUCCCGACCCUUGAACGGCUGAGGUUGUGCCACGUGGCACCUCCAGGGGUGCCGGCGGCGGCGGCGCUUGGGGCCAUCGUACCUUUCAUGGCGGACGCACGCGAAAAGCUGACGCAGCUGGAGCUGUCCGGAGUCGACUUGGAGUACCCGUCGGUUCUCGACUCGCUCUUUGAAGGGUUAGCCAGGAACCAGACUCUGAGGGUUUUGAAGCUCCCAGCAGUAGUCAGGGCUGAGAAGAUGGCUCCCCGCACUGCUGUGCGCCUUUUGGAGCCAAACCUCGGGUUGGAGACCCUCGACCUGCAAACCGCCCACCUGAACCCGGCCGCGACCUGCCUUCUGGCGGCGUAUUUGGCCCUUAACCCGAGCCUGCUAACCCUCAGCGUCACCAUCGCGCUUGACGACAGCGUGCCUCUCUUGCUUCUCUCUGCCGGGCUGAACAAAAACAGAAGAUUGAGGAAACUGAACCUGGCGGUUUGCAUUAGGAGUGGGGCGACACGUGAGGGGUACCAGGCACUGGUUAGGCUCAAAGAGGAGAAUGGAGCGCGAGCACAGCUGUCGUGCUGCCCACUCCAGCUGUCUUCGAGCGCGCUGUGCCCACACAAUGCAGAUUUCGAGCGCCUCUGCCGGCCGCCGGGCCCUUUCUCCCUCGCUCGGCUCCAGAGCUUCGACGUCCCCCGGUCGACUCCGCCGGGCAGGCCUGCGCUCGAGCAGCUCCUGGCCCUGAAGGAGGACUGGAUUACCCAGCGACUGGACCGGGAGAUCGAUGAAGCGAUGACGGCCAGCCGCGGCUUCUUGCCCCCAGCUAAGCGAGAACGCGCGCGCGCCGAAGGACGAUCGAGGCGCGCACUCACUUUCGUCAAGGUCUUCGAGCUGCUGAAGGACGGGUGCCCCGAGUUCGAGGGUCUCGCGCUGCACGAGCGGCCGGUCUGGGCGUGUGGGGGCGAGGGUUUGGUCCUAAGCCUGCGAGUGACCUGAAAAGAAGAAGUCACGACUGUUGUAGGUGUUCCGCACAUUUGACAGUCUGUAUAUAAGCAGUUUCGCAGCGUCGAGGCUAAUGUUUCUCGAGAGAUGUGGGGCUUCCUGAAAACAGUGUAGCAAAUCAUAGGCCGAUUGCCCUCUUUUAACGGAUCCGUGCAAGACAACUCUUUACAAAGGACAGCAUAAGUGGUCCUCGUCCUUGCCAAUCUUAUGUCACCUUUAGUAGGCUUUCUCAGUUACGUAGAGUGUACAAUUUGACUACGAUCGGGGACCCGCUGCCAUUAUUGAGAGCAGCAGAGUGUAAAGGACCUGCACUUGUCGGAUCUUUUGUUGAACUGGUUAGUCAACCAUGAUACGAU